CAACCCAAUGUUGCAGCUAAACUCGCGACAUUUCCACCCGAUAACGGGAUUAGCUCUUGGGUAUUGUAGUCCAAAAUACUGGUAAACGUUGCCCUAGUUUCUGCAAGACCUUGAAAAGCACAAAUAAUGUUGUACACGGAACCAAGCGGCGGCCCUGCGCAGAGUUUCGUUGCAGGCGUCGUCCGUCUAUAAAUAAGCAGCACACUCUGGCGCAGCUUGACACUUGUCUUUUACAAUCAUCUUCAGAGACGUCAACAACGUGGAAAGACGUGCAGACACCUCGCUGCGUACUGCAAUUUACAAGCUUAUUAUAAGCGACUGACCUGACCAGCCUCCAGCGAGCAAACAAGAAAUGUGUGCGACAAUCUGGGCAGACUGGUGACUGAGAGAGCACAUCGAAGAUUUGUAAACACGGAGCCCGUUUAUACACAAGUGCAGAGGUUUUCCUGAAUGACUGACUGAGUCUCUGACAGCCUUGGUAAUCUUUGAAGGGCACACAUGGCCCACCGUGUGCACGACCACCAGAGCCGUCUGCCAGUGGCCCAGGCCACAGUGCUGGCUCUGCCACCCUCCAGCCAAGCAAAGGACUUGAGGCCCAGAUGGACCGCACUGGACUCCCUGCUGUGUGGUGCGUUUGCUGGCGCUGUUGCUAAAACAGUCAUUGCACCACUGGAUCGGACCAAGAUAAUUUUCCAAGUGUCCUCAAACAGAUUCUCAGCUAAGGAGGCCUUCAGGCUCAUCUACUGUACGUACAUGAAGGAUGGGCUGCUCAGUCUUUGGAGGGGGAACUCUGCCACUAUGGUGAGGGUCAUGCCCUACGCUGCCAUCCAGUUCUGCUCUCAUGACGAGUACAAAAAACUACUGGGCAGCUACUACGGCUUCCAGGGAAAAUCUCUGCCUCCUUUCCCUCGUUUCUUGGCUGGCUCGCUGGCCGGCACCACUGCUGCUAUGCUUACCUACCCUUUGGACAUGGUGCGAGCCCGGAUGGCAGUCACAGCCAGAGAAAUGUAUAGCAACAUCAUGCACGUCUUUGUGCGGAUCUCCCAAGAGGAAGGUGUGAAGACCCUUUACAGAGGCUUCACCCCUACCAUACUGGGUGUCAUCCCAUACGCAGGGAUCACAUUCUUCACAUACGAGACCCUCAAAAAACUACACACAGAAAAGACAAAACGACCCCAACCGUACCCCUAUGAGCGCUUGGCCUUUGGUGCCUGUGCAGGCCUGAUUGGACAGUCUGCUUCCUACCCUUUGGACGUGGUUCGUCGGCGCAUGCAGACAGCUGGCGUAACCGGCUCGUCAUACGGUACAAUUCUGGGGACCAUGCGUGUGAUCGUAACACAGGAGGGAGUUGUACAUGGACUAUACAAAGGCCUGAGUAUGAACUGGCUUAAAGGGCCCAUUGCUGUGGGGAUUAGCUUCACUACGUUUGACAUCACGCACAACCUCCUGCUCAAAGUGCAUCAGAUGGGCUACUUCACCUUCUGAAUCCGAAGAGAGAAACGGAGGAGGCGACAAAAGAAAGCACAGAUGAGACUGGCAUGAGGGAGGUGGUCAUGUCUGUCAUAUGGCAAAAAUUAGCCUCUGCACUUAAUCACAGUUCAGGACCGUCCUGCUGCACACUCCUGUUCCCUUUAGACAGGAUGUGAGGGUGAGAGUGUAUAAGUGGACAGAGGGACAAGAGAUUUGAUAUGCAUACUGAAACAGAGCAUUUCAAACUUGGUUAAAUGCACAGUUAGGAUUCACUGUCAGGUGAAUUGGGAGACAAACAUUUCUUUAAAAUUGUUCACAGUAUCACAACUUUUUUAAAAUAAUGGUACCAUCAGGGUAACUUAUGUGAUUAAAAGUGGAGUUGUGUGGAUAAAGACUGGUUUGUUUAUGUCGGAUGGAUGUGAAGGGCUUUGUUUGUGUUGUGUUAAUAAGAUAACGCUUGCACUUUAUCACUUACAAUGUUCUUUCAGCUCAAUCCUAUAUCGACAGACAGAACUUUGUUUAUAAUGAGUUUCAUUGUGUUAUUAUUUUUAUUUUAAUCACUUUGCUUUCAAUUUGAUUUCAAAUAGCCCGAUCAUGCAGGGAUAUAUCAUUUGUACCUGUUUGUAACAAAAGGGUGAUUAUGCAAUAUGCUUUUAAUUUUCAGUUUUAUGAUGGUGCCAAUGUUGAUGUUGAACUGAACUUGAUGGAAGGAAUGAUUGAUUGUAGGAGGGUGAUCAUGUCAGCAGGACUGCACAGUUUCACUGUCCAUCCAGCACUAAGGUGUGAUGUUAUAGUAUUAUGUCUAAUAAGAAGAGGCAAAUCAAAUAUAUGAGAAAUAAAUUCAUAUCUAUCUAUCUAUAUAUAUAUAUUUAUAUAUAUAUAUAUAUAUAUUGCAGAUUUUAGUUUAUGUGGAUAUUGUUAAUAUCUUAUCUUUUUUCUUUUAUCUUUAUCUUUUUUUUUACUGUGCUCACAUUGAUGUCCAGAUUCUUUGCUUUUACUUGAUUGUGAUGCAUUGUUUAUCUAUGAAGUUAAAAUGCAGAAACGCCAAAGUCGUUAAUUCAGUCACAAGUUUCAUUUGAAAUAAGGAGAAAUCCAACUUUCACUGCUAAUGUACAUUUCAAAGUUACAAUACUACCAAGGAUGUAAAAUUACAGUUGCUUCAAUCAAAACUGACCAUAUAAUAAAGUGUCCUCGCACAACACUGA